AAAAAAAAGUUGUCCCUCCCCAGCCCACACCCCCAUCUUGCGGGGCUCGGCUCUAGCCCGCAGCGGUGUGCGGUAAGCUCAGUCGACGAGACAGCCACAAUGUCAGGCUGCUGUGCAUAAAACCUGUGGGAUCCCGGAAAGCACCACGAAUCCUGGUCUUGAUAUAUCAAGAAAACAACGGCAGAGAGCUGAACGAAGAUUGGAAAUAUUUUUUUUUUAUUUUUUAACAACUCAAAGACAGACAAUUGGUUGACAGGACUGUCAUACUGAAUCCCAUGUGGAAACAACUUUGUGAAUGCCUGGAUUGAUUACCACCCCUUUUCACUGACUGAAGAUUAAUGCCAUCAGUACAAGGACAGUAUCAUAAUUUGAUCAUGGAUAAACACAACUCCCAGGAUAGUGGGGCAUCAAAACAGCUUGGUGCAGAGUCAAGUGCCUUCAUCUGCACUGAGUGUGGUGAUGGUUUCAGCCAGUACCCUAAUGUCUUGACCCAUAUGGCCAUUCAUGGACCUUUGGAGUCAUUUUCCUUAGAUGGCUCAUCCAAUGGAUUUGAAGUCCCUCGAGAAUAUGUGCUACAGGAAAAUGGUACUUUGACUGUAAUAAAUGGCUUUGCCCAGUCACUUAAUGCCUCUGUCAAACCGGUAUCUCCUGGUGUCCUGCCAACACAUUUCCCACCCCCCACCAAAUCAGUGUCUCCAACUGUUCUGCCACAUUCCUCUAUUUAUCGAGAUGUGUUAAGGUCAAGGCCAACAGAGGCAAGCCUAAACUUGGACAAAUCUCGUCAGGGCCAUUACCGUUGUGAAAUUUGUAGUCGAUCAUUUAACAAUCAGCUGAGUUUACAUCGUCACCAACAGUACCGAAACACAGAGCGAGGUUACAAGUGCACAUUGUGCUGCAAAAUCUUUGAAGGCAGAGAGGACUUCAAGAAGCACCUACAAGACCAUGCACAUGAACGGUUUUACUGCUGUGGACAUUGUGGAAAGCGAUUCCUCAAAGUGGAUGCACUGAAUUCUCAUCAAAAAGAAUAUCACCUCUCCACCAAGGUUAAACCCCUGGGCAAGUCUGAGAAUUAUCAGGAGAGAAGGGUUGAGAAAACAUAUCCUUGUAAGAAAUGUAAGUUAAAUUUUUUCUGGCUGUCAGAUUUUCAGACCCACUCACUUUACCAUUGCAAGGGAAAGGAACCCGGUGCAACACCGGCACCAGAAAUUGAAAUGAAAUCUAAGACACCAGAAGCUCCACAACAUGAAAAGCCUCACAGUAAUGGCGCAUCUACUGAAGUGAUGAAUGUAGAGAGUAAAGCCCUUAAAGAUACAAGCAAUGCAGUUGAUACUGAUUCAUCUUUUACACCAUAUAGAUGUGGUUUAUGUGGGGACCGUUUCCAGAAAUUGACAGCCCUGAAGGAGCACCAUCUCACACAUCAGACUCAGGAAGAAAUAGACCAGUUGAAUCAAGAAUCACAAAAAGCAUUGAAGCGAAGAGUGGGAAAUAAAGGCAGACGUGGAAGGAGGGGUAAUCCCAAUGCGAAACUGCAUCCUUGCAAACACUGUCAUCGUGUAUUUAAUCAUUCUAGUAGUUUAUCUCGGCACAUGAGAUACCACAAGGGUACUAUGCACACCUGUGUGUUUUGUGGUAGACAUUUUCCUCAGCGCUGUGAUGUGAGAAGGCAUAUAGCUAUGUAUCACAAGCUUGAAUUAGAAAAGAAGCCAGGGUUGAAGCACAUGGCAUUGCAUACAUCCCCCCAACUUGGUUCUGCCCUAAACUCUUACAAGGAAGGGAAAGACAAGACUUCUUUAGACAAUGAACAAACACCAGUAGAAGAAGAGCAUGAGCAUGAGAACGAGGAACAACCUGAAAAAACAGCUGCUAAAGCUAGGGUAAACUACAAGUGUCAGGAAUGUGGGAAGAAGUUUGGGCUGUUGUGUGUCUACCAGAGGCAUUUGCGCUACCACAAAAAGGAGCCUAGUGAGACACACAAGUGCCCCAAAUGUCCAGCUCUCUUCAGGAAUUCCUCUUCAUUGGACCUUCACCUAAAAAAUCAUCCAAGCUCAAGAGAAGCAGAUGUUGGACAAUUAUCUCACACCACUGGUGCCAGUCAGGAUCCUGUUCUAGGUAAGGGCAAUGCGGAUGAUAUAGAAGAUGACUAUAUGGAUCAAACUCGGGAUGAAAAAGGCGCCUCCACUGAGGUUCUCUAUGAAUGCACUGAGUGCACUGAGACAUUCUCAUGCCUAGAGACAUUUCUUCAGCACCAGACUUCUCAUGGCUCAGAGAAGUCUGGGUAACUUGUAUGUUGAACCUGACGUGUUUUCAUUCUUCACCCACUAACUAUGUAAUUGCCAAGAAUCAAGCCUUUGGGCUUUGCUAGUCCAUUGCAAAUCAUGACAAAUAACUGCACACAUGAAAAUAAAAUGACUCUACAAGUUGUUUUUUAUAUAUACUUUGAUUGGCAUAAGGAGGAGGACGUGCUAAUGUAUUUGUGGGUGGCUUUUGGUACAACUGCUGACAACUCACUGGUUUGCCAUAAAUAAAAUGAUGACCAAAAAGUAAGUAUUAGGCACAUACCAUUUACUUCUGAGGUAGUCUACAGAUAAAAGAAGUGUGUGUGUGUGUGUGUGUGAGAGAGAGAGAGAGAGAGUGAGAGUGAGUGAGUGAGUGAGAGAGACACACACACACACAACCUUGACAUACUAGUCUGAUUUUUGUGAAACUGAGGAAAUAUUUAAACCAAGUAUUCUUCUACCAGCUAAUCAAGUAGUUAAUUUUAAAUCUAUCAUGUUUAGGUUAAAAAUGAGUACCUUGCUUUACACUUUUUUUCACACUAUUUUGCUGUCAUGUAUCAUACACUUGCAGAUUUUUGCCAGUUCAAUGUGAUGUGAAAUUAUGUUCAUGCAUACAAGAAUAUAAUUCUUGAAUGAAACAACAUGGUCAUGGAGUGGAUUCAUAAUUGUGUAAUUAAAGUUGUACAAAAUAA